AUGGGAGAUCAUACGAUGAAAUCGCUUGAUCAUCCAAGCCAAGCGGCCUUGGUUGCUCGCCACCUACAGCUCAGCAGCUCGGCAGCGAUGCCGGACAACGCGGGGAAAUCAUCAAUCCGCGGUGGUAGGCGAACACCUUCGAAGCCAUUGGCGAUGGAUCGCCUGGGGGCUUCUUCCUAUUCGGCGGCAGUCGAGAGCGCUGGACACGCGCUAUCGGGGCUUGCGGCCUUCUCGCUCCUGCCGCUGUUCCACUUCCAGCUCUUCUUCUUCCUGCUGGAGAGCAUGGGCGGGAACGGCUUCGUCCUGUGCCUGGCGUGGGUGGUCGUUCCCUCCGUUGCGACCAGGGUGCCUCGGCUACAGGUGCUUGCUGCCCGGCAUCUUCGCGAGAUGCAGGCGAUCGCUGGCGGCCUGCUUGCCGGUUCACUGGCUGCGGGCGCGGCGGGAUUUCUGACGGUUCGUUUGGCGCUGUCGGCCGCGGGACUGUCGGUUGCGUGGGGGUUCUGCCACGCGCCACAUUGGGGGCGGGGGCGGGGUGCGGAGGUCAUGGACGGGUGA